GUUUCACGGUUUAUAACUUGUGUUGUAAAAUUAAAAUUAUACUAUUUAUCUAUCUCUCCUAUUGUAUGCACAAUUUUUUUACUAAAAAAAAAAUUAAUUAUUAAUUUUACAAAGCAAUAUCAUCAACGUUUUUACAAUUAAAAAAUACGUUAAUUAAAAAAGGAGAAAAAAAAAAAAUUAACCUAUUUGUAUAUAUAAAAAUAAAUAAUAAUAUUUAGGGUGAAAGUUUUUCUCGUCAUUUUUAUACACAAUGGCAGACAGUCCUAGUUCAGAAAGUGCUGAUAAUACUCAACAAACACAAAAAGGAUGGGGUGCACUUAAACAGCAUGUCCUGGAAAACAAAGUUAAAGUUGCUAUGUGGGCAACAAGAAUAUUUACAAUGCUAUUUACAAUUGGAUAUAUUAUUCCAUUUUUUGGAAAUCCAUACAAUGCUUAUUACAAAGUUUUAAUGGCAAGUUCAGCAACAAGUGCACUUCGUCUUCAUCAAAGAGUUCCAGCAGUCAGAUUUAAUUUUGAAUUUCUUCAUUCAUUACUAUUGGAAGAUUCAUGUCAUUAUUUAUUGUAUUCAUCAAUAUUUCUCUACGUGUCACCAGUAACAUUGGUACUGGUUCCAGUAUUUUUAUUUGCAAUCAUACAUUCCGCAAGUGAUUCUUUAACACUUCUUGAUACUUUGGGACAAAAUAGUUGCUGGCAAUUGAGACUUUUAAUAUCUUUUGUUGAAUUUCAAUCACGCAAUAUUUUACGACUAAUUGCAUUGUCAGAAAUUAUUAUUCUACCACUUGCAAUUAUUCUUGUUUUUACUGGAAGAGCUGGACUAUUAACACCAUUUAUUUAUUAUCAAUUUUUAAAAAUGCGUCUUGCAUCAAGAAGAAAUCCAUACACUCGUAAUAUAUUUCAUGAAAUAAGAAAUACCUUGACAUCAUUUUCAUCACGACCAUCAAUGCCAGGUAUUUUACGAUAUUUAAUAAAUGGACUUUUAACAAUAUCACAACAAAUGACACCACCAAAUCCUGUUCAACAAUAAUUUAUCUAUUUAGCAAUUAAAUUAUUAUCUGCUACAUUUAUUAAGAGAUCCUCUUAAUAUUUUCAAAAUUAUCAUUUAAUUUUUUUACAAUACAAAUAAUACAACAAUAACGUAAAUUCAAUUUAAAAUUAUAUACUCAUUAACACAAUUUUUUUUAAUUUCUUGGUGAAUGUUAUUAUUUUUCACAACUGAUACAGAUUUUUUUGUACAUAUGUGGAUAAUCAUUAAGCAUCUAUUGGGUAAUUGUUGUCGAGUAGUUUAGCUUUUCUUUUGUUAUUUAAAAAAAAAAAUAUAUAUUAUAAAAUAAUUUGCUUUAAUGGCAGCUUGGUUUUGUUGUAUUUGUGUUUCAAUGAUUUAUUCAAUACUCUAAAUAAAUGCUAUGAUGAUUUUUGUUUAUUUAAAUAAACUCGAUAAAAUUUGAUACAUCAAAAAAUGUAAGAGGUUUUUUUUUCUGUCUCAAAUAUUUUAAGACACAUUAUUUGUAUGAAAAAAUAUCAUUUAAGUUUUCAUAUUGAUCAUAUUCCGUUAAUGCAUAGUAUUAUAUAAUAAAUCAUAAAUAAAAAUCAAAAAUUUUUGUUGUGGAUGUUUAAUAAUAAAAUUAAAAAAAAAUUAUUGU